GGGACCUGCCGGGAGCAUGGCGGGCGCGCGAGGCGCGGGGCUCGGGGCGGCGGCGGCGGCGGCGGCGGCGGCGGCGGAGGAGCGGCCCGAGAAGCAGCCGCUGGAGUCGGAAACGGAGCCGGAGCGGGAGAAGCCCUCUCUUCUUAGUGCUCCUGCUCCCAGCCUUGGGCACGGCAGCGAUUCUGGCCUCUCUGACAGCGAGGAGAGUGUGUUCUCAGGCCUGGAAGAUUCUGGCAGUGACACAAGUGAGGAGGAAGACGGGGCCAGCAGUGGUGAGCAGCACAGCAGGACGGAGAAGACCACUGGGCAGCAGGUGGGGACCCGUUCCCCAAGGACAGAGGAGGCGAGCAUGCCUGUCAAGGAUGAGUAUGCAGAAGACAGUUCGGAUGAAGAGGACAUCCGAAACACAGUGGGCAACGUGCCCUUGGAGUGGUAUGAUGACUUCCCCCACGUGGGCUACGACCUGGAUGGCAGGCGCAUCUAUAAGCCCCUGCGUUCCCAGGAUGAGCUGGACCAGUUUCUGGACAAAAUGGACAACCCUGACUACUGGCGCACGGUGCAGGACCGGACGACGGGUCACGGCAUGAGGCUGACGGACGAGCAAGUGGCCCUGGUGCGGCGACUGCAGAGGGGCCAGUUUGGGGACGUGAGCUUCGAUCCAUAUGAGCCGGCUGUGGACUUCUUCAGUGGGGACCUCAUGAUCCACCCAGUGACCAACCGGCCUGCAGACAAGCGCAGCUUUAUCCCAUCCCUGGUGGAGAAGGAGAAGGUCUCCCGAAUGGUGCACGCCAUCAAGAUGGGCUGGAUCCAGCCUCGCCGGCCCCGGGACCACACCCCAAGCUUCUACGACCUGUGGGCCCAGGAGGACCCCAAUGCCGUGCUGGGGCGCCACAAGAUGCAUGUGCCAGCUCCCAAGCUGGCCCUGCCCGGCCACGCAGAGUCCUACAACCCACCUCCCGAGUACCUGCCCAGCGAGGAGGAGCGCCUGGCCUGGGAACAGCAGGAGCCCGAUGAGAGAAAACUCGGCUUCCUUCCACGCAGCUUCCCAAGCCUGCGGGCUGUGCCUGCCUACGGCCGCUUCAUCCAGGAGCGCUUUGAGCGCUGCCUGGACCUCUACCUGUGCCCGCGGCAGCGCAAGAUGAGAGUGAACGUGGACCCUGAAGAACUCAUCCCCAAACUGCCACGGCCACGGGACCUGCAGCCAUUCCCCACGUGCCAGGCCCUGGUCUAUAGGGGCCACAGCGACCUCGUCCGCUGCCUGAGCGUCUCCCCGGGUGGCCAGUGGUUGGCAUCAGGUUCAGAUGAUGGCUCAGUGCGGCUCUGGGAGGUGGCCACUGCCCGCUGCAUGAGGACUGUACCCGUGGGGGCUGUGGUGAGGAGUGUUGCCUGGAACCCCCAGCCUACCACUUGCCUGGUGGCCGUGGCUGUCGAGGAUGCGGUGCUGCUGCUGAACCCGGCCCUGGGGGACCGCCUGGCGGUGGGCAGCACGGACCAGCUACUGAGCGCCUUCACCCAGCCCCAGGAGCCCGCAGCGCAGCCUGCGCGCUGGCUCGAAGCCUCAGAGGAGGAGCGGCGGGUGGGCCUGCGGCUGCGCAUCUGCCACAGCCAGCCAGUGACACAGGUGACCUGGCACGGGCGUGGGGACUACAUGGCUGUGGUGCUGGCUGCUCCGGGCCACAACCAGGUGCUGAUCCACCAGCUGAGCCGGCGCCGCAGCCAGAGCCCCUUCCGCCGCAGCCACGGCCAAGUGCAGCGCGUGGCCUUCCACCCCGGGCGGCCCUUUCUGCUUGUGGCCUCCCAGCGCAGCAUCCGCCUAUACCACCUGCUGCGCCAGGAGCUCACCAAGAAGCUGAUGCCCAACUGCAAGUGGGUGUCCAGCCUAGCGGUGCACCCGGCAGGUGACAACGUCAUCUGCGGCAGCUACGACAGCAAGCUGGUGUGGUUUGAUCUGGAUCUCUCCACCAAGCCGUACAGAGUGCUGAGGCACCACAAGAAGGCCCUGCGGGCUGUGGCCUUCCACCCCCGGUACCCGCUCUUUGCAUCUGGCUCUGACGACGGCAGUGUCAUCGUCUGCCAUGGGCGGGUGUACAGUGACCUGCUGCAGAACCCGCUGCUGGUUCCCGUGAAGGUGCUGAAGGGACACUCGACGACCCGGGACCUGGGCGUGCUGGACGUGGCCUUCCACCCCACCCAGCCCUGGGUCUUCUCCUCAGGGGCUGACGGCACCAUCUGCCUCUUCACCUAGGCAGCCCUGCUUCCCGUGACCCUUAAUAGAGGUGUUUCUCCA